UUGUGGGAGGCGGGGACAGGGAAGAGCAGAGGCACCAGGUCUGAAGCGUACACAGAGCCAGGUGGGACAGACAGCCCCAACUUUUCUCCCGUCGCCAUGGGGAGCAGCCUCCGCAACCCCCUCCGCCUGCUUCCCUUGUUCCUGGGGCUCUUGUCUGCAGGUGUGAAGUCACUGUCUGCUGUUACGCCCCAAGUUCGCUGCCCUCUGGAGGGAGUGGACAUCAUAGGGGGCUCCUACCUACUUCUCAGGGGGGGCCUGAUGCUGGAGUACGAGUGUCCCUUUGGCUACUACGCCUACCCUGUGCAGGCCCGCACCUGCGGCAAAAAUGGGGUCUGGAGCGACCUGAAGACUCAAGGCGAAAAGAUCGUCAAAAAAGCUGAAUGCAGAGUCAUUCACUGUCCAAGACCACAGGAAUUUGAGAAUGGGGAGUUCUGGCCCCAGGCCUCCUACUACAACGUGAGUGACCAGCUUCACUUCCGCUGCUACGACGGGUAUACUCUACGGGGCUCUGCCAAUCGUACCUGCCAAGCGAAUGGGCGGUGGGAUGGGCAGACGACCAUCUGUGAUGAUGGAGCGGCAUACUGCCCCAACCCGGGCAUCCCGGUUGGCAUGAGGAAGGUGGGCAGCCAGUACCGCCUUGAAGACAGCGUCACCUACUACUGCCAACGGGGGCUCACUCUGCGCGGCUCCCAGCGGCGCACGUGCCUGGAAGGUGGCUCUUGGAGCGGAACAGAGCCUUCCUGCCAAGACUCCUUUAUGUAUGACAGCCCUCAAGAGGUGGCUGAAGCCUUCCUGUCUUCGCUGACCGAGACCAUAGAAGGAGUGGAAGCUGAGGAUGGGCACAGCCCAGGGGAACUACAGAAAAGGAAGAUUGUCCUGGACCCCUCGGGCUCCAUGAACAUCUACCUGGUGUUGGAUGGAUCAGACAGCAUUGGGGCUGAUAACUUUACGCGGGCCAAGAAUUGCCUCAAAGAAUUCAUCGAGAAGGUGGCCAGUUAUGGGGUAAAGCCCAGAUACAGUCUCCUGACCUAUGCUACGUACACUAAUGUCUUGAUUCGAUUGUCGGAAGAACAAAGCAGCGAUGCAGAUUGGGUGACAAAAAGUCUCGAUAAAAUCAACUAUGAAGAUCACAAACAGAAGUCGGGGACGAAUACCAAGAGGGCCCUGCAGGCUGUGUAUAACAUGAUGAGCGGAUACACAAUAAACCACCCUGACUGGAACCGUACCCGCCAUGUCAUCAUCCUCAUUACAGACGGUCUACACAACAUGGGUGGGGAUCCAGUCCCCAUUAUCCAAGAUAUCCGGAGGCUGCUGGACAUUGGCAUUAACCACAAAAGAAGCAGGGAAGAUUAUCUGGAUGUCUACGUGUUUGGAGUUGGGCCUCUGGUGAGCGAACAGAACCUCAAUGCUUUAGCUUCCAAGAAGGAUAACGAACAACAUUUGUUCAGAGUCAAGGACAUGGAAAAUCUGGAGAAUGUCUUUACCAAAAUGCUUGAUGAAUCCAGGACUCUGGGUCUCUGUGGCAUGGUUUGGAAGUACAAGCAACCAUGGCAGGCCAAGAUCUCAGUGACUCGUCCUUCAACGGGACAUGAGCAAUGCAUGGGGUCCAUAGUAUCCGAGUACUUUGUGCUGACAGCAGCACAUUGCUUCACGGUGGAGGAUCAGGCACAUCAAAUCAAGGUCAGCGUGGAAAAGAUGAGGAACUUGGAGAUAGAAGAAGUUCUGUUUCACCCCAACUACAACAUCUAUGGGAAAAAAGCACAAGGAAUCCCUGAAUUUUACGACUAUGAUGUAGCCCUGGUCAAGCUCAAGAAGAGGCUCAUAUAUGGAGAGUUUGUCAGGCCCAUUUGUCUCCCCUGCACUGAAGCAACAAGUCAAGCAUUGAGGCUUCCUCUGAAGAGCACAUGCCAACAACAGAUGAAACAGCUGCUCCCUGUAAAGGAUGUCAAAGCUCUAUUUGUGUCUGAGGAAAAGCAGCUGAUGAUUCAAAAGGAGGUCCUCAUCAAGCAUGGUGAUAAAAGAGAAGAAUGCGAGAAGGAUGCUAAAUUCGCCCCAGGCUAUGGAAAGAUCAAGCACUACUCUGAAGUGGUCACCCCCAGGUUCCUUUGCACUGGAGGGCUGUCUCCAUACGCGGACCCCAACACUUGCAAAGGUGAUUCUGGUGGCCCCCUGUUUAUUCACAAGAAGGGUCGCUUCAUUCAAGUUGGUGUGAUCAGCUGGGGGGUAGUGGAUGUCUGCAAAGAGAAGAGGGUGCCAAGGGAGAAAGCUGCACACGCCCGAGACUUUCACCUCAACCUCUUCCAAGUGCUUCCCUGGCUCAAGGAGAAACUCAAAAAUGAGGGUCUGGACUUUCUCUGAGGGGUUUUCUGUUGGAACAGAAAUUAAAACAGCUGCAACAACA